AUGGAACAGGGUCGUGACAGUAAUUUCAGCGCGCAAGAGCAGGCUGUCUCCGAAUCGCUCAUCAAAGUGAUACCAGUCGCCCGGGAUGAAUCUCGAACAAGGGGGCUGCUAUUAAUAUAUUGCUGGAGUCUGAGUCUGAGCCUGGACAUGGCAACACUUCACAGCCUGCAAUCAUCUGACCGAAUCAAAGUCUUCCAAUUUUGUUCAUCCAUCAUUUUGAUCUUUUCUCUCUCCAUCUCCAUUCCCUUCUUUGCCGUCCUCUUCAACUUCCCACCCCCUCUUUUCUAUCUUGCAAGUUGA